CAAGAGUACCUCACAUAGGCUUGAACACACAACUCCUCUCUUCUCUCUCUCCCCCCUCUUCUUUAUCUUCAAAACUCCAUCCUCAUUUCUCUUCAAUCUCAAAAACCAAACACCACAAAUCAACAUGGUCACUCCUUCUCUCAACACCCUCAAACCCUCCUCCACCUCCACCAUCAAAUUCCUCUGCAGCUACGGCGGCAGAAUCCUCCCCCGCUACCCCGACGCCAAGCUCCGCUACCACGGCGGCCAUACCCGUCUCCUUUCCGUAGAACGCUCCAUCUCCUUUGCCGAGCUGUUGGUCAAGGUCGGUGAAUUGUGCGGAACGUCGGUGACUCUGAGGUGUCAGUUGCCGACGGAGGACUUGGAUGCUCUCGUCUCCAUCACUUCCGAUGAAGAUCUCGCCAAUCUGAUUGAAGAAUACGACCGUGCCGCCUCAUCAAAGAUCAAAGCCUUCCUUUCCCCGCUCAAAUCCACCAAAAAAGUCUCUCCUCCUCCGUCCAUCGCCUCAUCUAGUAUCGAUGCGACAUCGUCCAAAUCCUCCCCUUACUCCUCCUCUGCCACCGCCGCCUUCUCCGCCGCCCCUUCUAGUUCAAGGUCUCGAGUGGCGGAUCGUUGUUUCCGUCAGAUCCCGCCGCCGGUGCCGUUUCCGAUUUGCUAUGAGAAAUCUGGCGGCAAGCUUCCUUACUGUGCUUACCAUGCUCCUCGGGGAAGCCCUAGCCACAUGUACCUCAUCCACAAUGGGAAUCACUGGCAAUAGCCCUAAAUUUGGUGAACUUUUGAAGAUACAUAUAUGAAGAUAAAUACUACCAGUUUUACUAUUUAUAUAUAGAUAGGCAAAUAUAUUCAAGAACAACAAUGGUGAAGUGAGAGCGAAUCUCUCUGUCAAUGUAUGAAUAGGACUCUGUAAAUCACCCAGAUGGAUUGCUUUCUGAUCCAUGCAAAAAAUGGCAAUUAAUGGAAAUUCUCAGUCCAAUUUCGUUUUGGAUCAUUCAAAAUGUGAUAUGGUUGAGGAGAAGGAACUAAAGACUCGAUGGUGGCAAGGGUUGGAAGUGACUUGCAGGUUGAGGAGAUGGAACUAAAGACUCGAAUGUGGCAAGUAAGGGUUGGAAGAUGCGUUUUGGAAUCACGAGUGCAAAGUGGACAAUAGUCCUACAGCAUGGGACGGGAUGCUGACACAUUGGCUGUUAUUCAUGAUGGACCGGACUUGAGAAUGAAAAAAAAAAAAAAAAAAAGUUCAAA